CAGCAACAGCAGCCGACGCCAUCCUCAGCAUCAUGAGCAAGUUUGUGGUUCUCGUCGUGGUCGCCCUGUGCGCCGUGGUGGCGGCCGUGUCGGCCGUGCCCUUCCCCUUCCCCGCCGGCCCCGGGCCCGCCCCCGCGCCCAAGGAGGCCCUCAAGGGCGCGGAGCAGGUGUACUACGCCGGCUACGGCGUGCCCGCCUACACCGGCUACGCCGCCUACCCCUACGCCUACUACGGCUGAGGCGUCGCGGCACGCCGCCGGCCGCCCAUGACGGACCCGCUCGCCUCCGGACCUCGCUCCACGGCCUCCUAGCCUGACCCGCGCCGGUGCACCGCGCCUAUCUCUUCACUACGUUGUGCCAUCUCCACUAUUAAACUGCUCUUUC